AUAAUCUCAUGAUCUGGAAUCACUGGAAAUUAUUAUCUGUGGAUUGUGGGUAGUAUCAGUCAGGUAGUGUCAUUUUACGUGAAUUUUGUUCUCUGUUCCGAGUAAGUCGAUUCGGUUCAGGCGAUCAAUUCUCGCGCGAACCUUGCUACUUUGAAAAGAGAAUUUCAUCGUUGUACGGAAAAAAUUCGUAGUCAUGGGCGUGGAUGUCGAAGUUCUGAGUCCUGGUGAUGGUCAAACCUAUCCAAAGACUGGGCAAACAGUAGUUGUACAUUACACAGGUGAUUUAUACAAUGGAAAGAAAUUCGAUUCUAGCAGAGAUCGCGGUGUGCCAUUUAAGUUCAAAAUUGGCAAAGGUGAAGUAAUUAAAGGUUGGGACCAAGGAGUCGCGCAAAUGUGCGUUGGGCAAAGGGCUAGGCUAACUUGUUCUCCAGAUUAUGCUUACGGCAGUCGAGGCCACCCUGGAGUUAUUCCACCAAAUGCCGUCCUCAUAUUUGAUGUGGAAUUACUGAAAGUGGAGCCUUGAAAUACCUCUUAGAAUGUACCAAACUGACCAAAUGCAUUUCAAUAUAAACAAAAAAAAAUAAAAACAUGCAUCAAAUUAUAUUAUGUUAGUAAUCGUUGCAUGAACAUAGCAUAUAUGCCAAUACCUUAUAGCGUUUUCAAGUGAAGCAAAUUUGAUCGCUCUGAGAGCGAUUAAUAACGUCAUAAACAUCGUCUUGGGUUACUAGAAAUAUGCUUAUUUAUAUUAAUCAAAUUCAAAACUUAUUUUUGGUCGAACAUAUUUUCAUGGAAAAUUGGAUUUAAUCGGAGCAGUCAAAUCUUACUUCACUCGAAAACGCUAUUAAUUCAAUCGCUCGAUCAUUAAAAACUACAUUGCAUUUUUCACAAAAUAACGUAUAAAACAUUAAGAUUAUUUUAGCAUUGCGUGAAAAUGAAAUGUGCACAAUGCAUACUAUUAUGUUGAUAAUAUUCAAACAUCCCUAUAAAUGUUAAACUUCAAAAAUGUAUACUACUGCGUGUGUUUAAUUAUCAGCUCUCCAAGAGAUGUUAUUUAUCUUCUGCACUUCAUUUAAAAUUGACUAAUCAUGUGCCUACGAUGAGCAGUUGAAGUCUCAAAUAUUCACCAAAUAUACAAUAACUUGUGCUCAUUCCAUUCAAAUAUUAUGUAUUUGGUAAUUUUUCAAAUAUUUUGUACAAAACUCAAUGAUGUAAAGAAACAGUUACACAUUAAUAAUUGAGACCUUUACAGACUAUAUGAUAAAGUACAAUAAAAAAUGGUUUUGCCUCAAA